CCCAGUUUUCACCCACCAUCAUGCUGAGUACAGUGUAAAACACCAAUCAAAUAAAUAAAAAAAUAAAUAAUGUGUGUUUUGACUCUGUUGCAGUAUCAUGAUAGCUAUGCUGGAUUAGAGAUCACAGGACGGCUUCAUGCAGUAUCAAGAGUACCUGGAGUUGCAGCAGUGUCUGGUUGCUUGGUUUAACGUUUUCCAUCAACACGACGCAGAUCGCUCUGGUUUCAUCGAGGCACAAGAGCUGAGUCGGGUGAUCAAGGGACUAUUCGGGUAUGGCAUCUCUGCGGACUGCCUGUCUACUCUGCUGAGGCGCUAUUCUCGUGUGUUACCUGGGCCUCAAGGGGACCGCUGUCUUAUCUCCUUUGAUGAUUUUGUGGCCAUGUCUGUCAGACUAAGGGCCUACACAGAUGCGUUCCGCAGACGAGACCAGCUUCAGCAUGGGGGAGGGGAAACUGGACAGUGUACCUUUCAGUAUGACGACUUUCUUCGCUGUGUGAUGUGCCUGUAGAUAUUUCAGUCUGACUUGCCCACAUUACAAGGAUAACAGGUUGGCUUGAUUCACCCAACACCCAGAUUAAACAAAACUCAAGGAAAUAUCUGAGUAUCACAAACACUGGCUAUUCCAACCUUAUAUUAGGAAUACAUUGAACAUGAACCUCUGCCUGAAUACUGAUUAGUUCUGGGAAGAACCUUUCGGAAGAAUUUGGCUACUUGUGUUAAAUUCUUUCAUCUCAAAUAGUUUGAUGAUCGAUUGUAUAUUUAUUGCAGCUCCCCUGCUUCUUCUAAUUUUUGGGACUCAAGGUGUGCUCUGUAAAACCAGUAUAUUUGUUAUUGUAGCAGGAGUAUUUACAUUUUUUGUUUUUUUUUUUUGUUUUACAUGGUUAGUGCAUCUAAUGACCAACAUAUUCAUAUCUUAUUUUUCUUAAAAAAAAACUUAAGAGAAAUGUAAUUCUUUGCAUUCAGCACUUCUUCUAUAUAUCCUAAAAAUUAGAA